CACUUGAUCAUACCGAUGGAUAUGAGAAGGUGCAAUACGACUAAAGGACUGCGGUCGGCAGCAGGUUGCCGUUGUCGCGUCAAGCCUGUCACACUUAAGAAAACGAAGAAGAAGAAGAAGGAAAAUGGCGACCUCCUUGCUGCUUUUUCGACGACUCCGGACAGUUAAGUCGGGGACCUGGGGCAUCCUAAAGAGCCACACUGGGGCUUUGUGCACCACACAGACUGGAGAGCCCAUAAAGACUACAGAAAAGACACCACAUGGUCCAGAUGAAAGAGGAACCCUACUAGCAUACAAGACAGUGGUUGCCUUCCCAGUUAGGGUUUCAAACCACGCAGUUGUUCCAACACAGCCUCUAGUUCCUUCCUUGCAUGCUGCUGUGGUGACAGUUCCACCGGUGAUAGAUGAAGCAUUCACUCCAGCUGUACCCCCAGAUCAGGCAGCCUCCACCAAGACGCCCUCCCCAGAAGCUAGCCCAUCCUCAUUGGCCAGUGAAGACUCUGACUCUGACUCUGACUCUGACUCUGACUCUGACUCUGACUCUGACUCUGACUCUGACUCUGACUCUGACUCUGACUCUGACUCUGAUUCUGAUUCUGAUUCUGAUUCUGACUCUGACUCUGACUCUGACUCUGACUCCGACAACACUGACACUGGAAUCUCUGUGAAAGCGGUGCCAGAAUUCCCACAGAAUACACAAGCAAAAUUCCAACAAGUCACAUCAAAAGUGAAGGAAGGGGCUCAUGAAACUAAGAGGGGGGCUUUGCCAGAGGCCAUUAAAGUGUCAUUGCCAGCAGGUGCUGCACAUGCAGAAGCAUCCAGAAGUACCACAGAGGAUAUCAGUCCUGUGGAAGAGGUCAAGCACUCUGUCCCACAAAAUCAAGACAUAUCUGAAGAUGUAUUCAAGAGAAGCGAAUUACAAAAAGCUCAGGCAGUUUCUCCUUCAGAGCUAAUUGAGGAUGUAGCAUCACCCACUGUCCCAGUUGGUGAAAAAGAAACUGCAAUCAAAGCUGUCACUGAGGUUGCAUCUCCUGAACAGGACCCAACUAAUGAUGCCCUUGUGGAAACCACAGAGCCUGUAUGUGCUGAAUCCUCUGCAAAUACUGUAGUCCCCCUUGUAGGAGUUGUAGUCCUUAAAGAAACCGCUGAAGCCCCCAGCAGAACUGCCACAUUACCAGUGAAUGAUGCUGUCCCUUCUGGAGCAGCUACUGAUGAGGCAGCCUCCAUGAUGGAAGUCUCCACUCCAAUACAGAGUACCAGUGAGCUGUUGGACCCUGUGAGAGAAGAGCUACAGACAGGCACCCCAGUUGAACCACCUGAGGAAGCUGCAACCGUGGCACCUCCUGAAUCCGAAGAGGCUUUUGAUAACAGCACUUACAAGAAUAAACAACACCACGACUACACCCCCUUCACCUUUGCAGACCUGGAUGUAGAGAUGGCCAAGUUUCGUCUGCCUCAACCUUCUUCUGGAAGAAUAUCACCCCGACACUAGAAUAGCUAAGGUGGCUACAACCGUUGAAUAAAUAUGAAAGAUGAUUGAUCAGGUGGUAAUAGCUUUACACAAUCUGUUAUAAAGCUGUAAAAAUAUGAACACAUAAAAAAUAAAAUGCCGGAUAAAAAGGUCUUGUCAUGAA